UAUUAUGACAUUGUGCUCAAUAUCAGUACAGGAUCUUUUGCCAAAUCAAACCACAGACAACUCACAGGCUGGUGUUUCAAACUGCUAGAAUGGUAAGAUUCCUCGCACAAGUAGCCUACUAGUACGUGAUCUCGUUUCUAUCACUUUCGAAAAUGGCGCUAGUGCACGUCGAGACUUGUUGGUCACAUGGCAGGUUACUUACAUUCUCGUUCAUAGACCCAUGGAUAAUUUGCAAACGUGUCGCAUAUUUCUGAUUAUUGUCAUAGUCAGAGAGUGUCAGGAGCGGGUUAGCGAUUACCAACAACCAUGUAUUGUAUUUCUACUUGAUAAAAUAUUUUCGGAAUCAUUUCGACCCAUUUCUAAGUCUCGCAUUAUCUCCUUCCGUAUCUAGGUCAAGAGGAAGUUGACAUCAACAACGGAUGGCACCUGUAAUAAAUGAAAAUUCCUGCUAGGCCGGGUCAGUAUGUGUUCUUGAUAACCACCUGCUCAGCCAGAUGGAGGCCACAGAGUCGGUUCUCUCUAGGCCUCACUAUGUGAAGAAUGUGACUGCUUCAUCUAAGACAGUCAUAAAAUCAAGACAAAAGGAACCUGCCAGCAAAAAAUCCACCAAAGGCAAGGGUCCUAAGCCCCUUUAUUUCUGGGGCAAAGCAGAUGUAAAUAAAUGGUUGAGGAAACAUGGAGGCAAUUAUUAUCAACUUUAUGGGCAGCUGUUUUUGGACCAUGAAAUAUCAGGAAGAGCAUUGAUUAGGCUCAGUGAUAUGAAACUUGGGAGAAUGGGUAUUCAAAACCCAGAACACAGAGAAGAUUUAAUGCAGCUGAUUUUACACCUGAAAUUACGCAAUGAAGCGGCAGAGUUGAAAAAUUUGGAACAAAAGGGUUUGUCCUACGACUCCAAGAACAAGUGAUUUGUGGCUAAUAAUGAUAUGGUGCUACCCAGACAUGAAGAGCUGACACCUUUGUAUAGAAUUUGUGACAGUUUAACUUCUGAAGAGUUCCUGAGGCAGACUGACAGCCUAAAGACGUGACAGUAGAUUGCAAGUAGAGAAUAGCUAUACUAUUUAAACUCUUUUUACAUCUUAACUCUAUUUUUUAAUGAGGUGCUGUGCCAUCAGCAGUAACUGUAUUAUAAAAGGAACUUCUUUGCAAGAAGUGUUUGUCAAAAAAUUUGGUUUGAAAGAUUUUUUUAUUCAUCACAGUUGUGCAACAAUUGUUGUCAAAAAACCCUUGUGAAAACAGUAUCAGGGACUUUCCUGUCUCACAACAAUUACGAUAAAUCCUCUAGUGUUUGGUGUAGAUUUAAAACAUUAUGGGUUCAUAUAUAUGGUGAUUUCUUUUAUUUUCCUAAACAAAGCAAUUUUUUUCAUCUAAGAACCAUAGUGUCUCAUCAAUAGUGUGUAAAACUGCAUUCUUUGGGUACUUAUUAAUAUCAGAAGUGCAUUUUUUGUCAAUGUUAAUAUGUGCUUUUAAGGUCAAAGGCAACUUUUAAACAGCUGGUAACUAGAACUUCGUAUUUAAAUGGACAAAAAUGUAAAGGGAUCAAAUUAAUAAAGUGAACAAUUCUGAAGACUUUCAUGACAGUUGACACAAACUUACAGUCAUUUUCAAAGUAAGCACUCUUUUAUUUUAUCUUUAUUGUGCAAUUAUACUUUGUGUCAUGUAUUGUAUAGGUACAUAGUAUGUAAGACAUUCAUAUUUUCACGCUUAUUUUUAAGUCACGGAUUGUAAACUCAUUCAUAAUUGAUUUUAAAAUCAUUAUGUUUUUGCAUAAUUUUACAGCAGCUGAGUCACAUUUUAAGAGUUGGGCUAAUAAAAAAAAAGGUAAAGGGAUGUGAGACAAAUUGCAUUUUGUUUUUAAAAAAUGAUAAAUUAUUUAACAUUGUAAUACGCUAUAGCCCAGUGGCCCCUGGAUAGCAAAUGGCUCAAAUAAGAUCUGCAGUCCACUUACAUAUGCCGGUGAUGUCUGCAGGCAUUUGACAUUUUGUUAGCCUUUUCCCCUGAACUACAAACUUUUUUGGAAAAUGUGUGUACACAGUACUUUUGAAACAUGAGUGAUGGGAUAUUGACAGAGAUUUUUUUAGUUCAGUAUUUCCAUGCUAACAAUUUGUCACUUUAUCAGUAAGAACAGAGGCAGUUUGAUUGUUAAUUCAUUUUUUAGAUGUAAGGUAUUUUUGAAUCAGUUUGAUGCAAGUCUGAGUUGGAGCAUGCUUCUCUUCAGCUUUCAAAGCACAUAAAGAUAAAUUGAUAACAGCCAGUCAGUAUAAUAAAAGGGGAUAUUGAAAACAAAAGGUACAUAAAACAUUGUGGGCACAUUUGUUUUAUACAGUACAGAAGUAAAAGAAAAAUGCAUUUCAAUAAUUCAUUGGUUUUUAAUUGAAGUUGUUCUUUUAAUUAUUAAACAUAUACUGAAUUGUCAGUCUUAUUCUACUUAGAGAUGUUUAUUCAUAUGACAUACUACAUAUAUU